AAUUGAUCAGAUUCCAAUUGGACCAGUGUGUGCGAAUGCGAUUCUUGCUUUCGUUGUUUCACUCUGAAACCCUAAAUUAUUGAAUCUGAAAUGGAACUAACAUGGCUGAGUGCUAUUCUGGUGGGUGCUGGUUAUCUCGCUUUCGGUUACUUCAUCGGUUCUCAAUAUCCCCCUCGUUUUCUCUUCUCUCAUAGAUUAUUGACUAAACCUAAAGACCAUUCACUUCUCAAUGAUAACGACACUAAGAAGAAGAAUAGCAAGUCCAAACACAAAGACCCGCUUGAGAUUGAACAGCUCGCUGACAUUCUCGAUGAUUUUAAGAUGAUACUUGUUGUCAGGAAUGAUCUUAAAAUGGGUAAAGGAAAGAUUGCUGCUCAAUGCAGUCAUGCAACGUUGGGUCUCUAUAAAAAGCUCCUUUAUCGGGCACCAAAAGCUUUGAGUAGGUGGGAGAUGUCUGCGCAGCCUAAGGUUGUUGUCAAAAUUGAAAGUGAAGAAGAUAUGUUGGCUUUGCAAGAAAGGGCUAAAUCUCUGAAGUUACCCUCCCAUAUCACAAUCGAUGCUGGGAGGACACAAAUUGCACCAAAUUCCAGAACGGUGAUGGCAAUUCUUGGACCUGUUGAAGUGGUAGAUGAGGUAACAGGUGGACUGAAGCUUCUAUAAUUGUGUCCAAUCAAGAUGGUCUAUUGAAUUGUUUACCAUUAACCCCUGAACGUUUCACGAAGGAUAACAGAUUGAGCAAUAUUAGAACUUCCCGUGAAGAUUUGCCAUGUUCUUUGCCCACAAAAAGAAUUGCAUAUAAUCUUUAAAUGACAGUAAUGAUGAUGACGAUGAUGACAUUUCUUUGGAGACACUCACCAACAAAAACUGGAAUGGCGUGCAAUUCUGUUUGUAUGAGAUAUUUUCGGGUGAUUCAGGGUUUGUUGCCCAAAUUUUUUAUUCACGGUGCUACCAUGAUUGGUUUUGGAAGGCAUAUGAAUAUUUUCAGCCAUCGAUAAUAAAAUUAGUAUU